AUGACUGACCAGAUUGUCGAGAGCCUUCCGUUGCUUCCAGCGGAUCGAAGAUCCCCCUUUAUCAUCUAUGUCCUAGGAGCACCGGGUUCCGGAAAAGGGACGCAAUGCAGCAGACUGGCAAGCAAGUACCACUUCAGACACAUCUCUAUUGGCGACUGGCUCCGAGAAGAAGUACAAGCGAAUUCAGGGCUCGGCAACAUUGUCAGGAGAUAUGUCGAAGCAGGCGAGCUUGUACCAGAUGAGAUCAUGAAGAAUAUCUUCGAAGAAAAGAUCCAACCAUAUGCCAGCUGGAACAAGUCAGCAGCUGUGCUUAUUGACGGAUUUCCAGGACGAAAGUCACAGAUUCCCAACUUCGAACAAGCCGAUCCAGCGAUUGUCCUUUUCCUCAACUGUCCCAAGGACGAGGCAUGCCGGAGGGUUCUCUCUCGUGUCGGUCGAGCGAAUGAUACACAGACAAUCUUUGAGAGGAGGCAUGCAGAGUUCGAGAAGGAGAAUUCAGCGGUGUUGGAGCAUUUCAUGAGGGCUGGGAAGCAAAUUGUGACUGUUGACACAAGCGGGCAGACUGAUGAGUCGUGGAAGAAGUUGGAGAGGGCGCUGGACAAGUCGGAUGUUUGGAAGGAAAUGUUGGCGAAGUUCGAGGCGGAUCUAGAGACAGUCCUGCAAAGCCAGAGUCCGGAGGCAGAUGCUGAGGAGAAGAUUCAGGGCAAAACGGAACUCUGA